AGCAGGGACCUGAAGCCGAACCCUUCGGGGCUAAGCCAGGCUCGCCAGUACCCGCCAGUACCCGCCAUGGCUGGCGUGAAGGUGGAUUAUCCCCCGUUCCCAGCUGCCGGGUUUCUAGCCCCAUCCUCUGAGGCUGCCCACCCUGGGAGACAGGAUAUUUCUCUAGCUGGAUCUCAGGCCUGGGCCGCUGCGCUGAGGGAGAGCCGAGCCUGCUCCACUCUCCAGCGCUGGCGCUAUGGCUUCUCCAUCCCUGCCUCCCAUGUGCGGACCACCAUGUCAUGGUUGUCAUCUUUUGUGGCUGACCGGAGCAGCGGCUCUGUCGAAGAGGAGCUUGCUAGCGCAUGCUGCUAUUUCCCUUUCUCUUAUGUGGGAUUGAGCCUGCUGCCUAUGCGGGUCUUGGCUGAUUAUGGAGUUCUCUUAUCACAGAGAAUGCAUUGUCUGCCACCUUCAGGGAUUGCCUGGAGAGGGUUUUGUCCACUAUACAAAAGGGAAGGUGUAAAAGAGAGAAUCCUGUCUCAGAGUCAGACUGGCGUCUCUGGUACGUUACAGUUGUGUCGCCAUUAUUCAGAUAUGCCACCUCUUACUUUGGAGGGUAUCGAGGACCGUGUGCUGUAUGUCUUGAAGUUGUAUGAUAAGGUAGAUCCAGAAAAGCUCACAGUAAAUUCCCACUUCAUGAAAGACCUGGGCUUGGACAGUUUAGACCAAGUGGAGAUCAUCAUGGCCAUGGAAGAUGAAUUUGGGUUUGAAAUUCCUGACGUGGAAGCAGAAAAGCUAAUGUGUCCACAAGAGAUUGUAGAUUACAUUGCAGAUAAGAAAGAUGUAUAUGAAUAAAGACAUUUCUUUGAAGUGGAGAAAUUCUCUUCUACCGUGCAGACUGGGAUGAUCUCAGCGGUCGGUGACUGUAAGCGCACAUUACGGUACCAGUGCUGCAGUAGUUCUGUUGGACAUUGUAUUUAACGUCGUCUAAAUAUGUAUUGGCCUUUAAAACAAUAAAUAUAGAAGACCA